AUGGCGUUCCUGCAGCAGAUGCGGUCCCCCCGGCUGUCCUUCAUCCAAACCCUGCUGUCUCUGUUCCUUGCGACUUUGGCUCUGCUCUCGUCAAACUGGUGCGUGGGCAAACAGAAGGUGCCCAAGCCCCUGUGCACGCCCACCAAGCACAGCAACUGCAUCCCAGUCCCAGGGGUCUCCAACUCCAGCAACAUCCAGUUCUCCUGGGAGACCGGCGACGACCGCUUCGUGUUCCCCGUGUUCCACACCGGACUCUUCAUCACGUGUGAGGAGAACAUCUACUCAGACCAAUGGGAAGAGAAGUGCAGAGGACUGUAUGCAUUGACACCUGCUUCUGAAAAAGCCAUGAUGUGGCUGUAUCUGACCUUGGAGUUGAUGUACAUCGGGCUCCUGCUGAUCAGCUGUGUCCUACUGUCGGCUCAGUUGUGCAUGGGGGCCUUUUUCCCCUCCACGCAGCGCUGGGGCCAACUGCUCAAUGCGUUCGCUGCGAUUUUCACUGUACUGGGAGGUCUGCUGGGCAUGGUGGGCCACAUGAUGUUCAUGCAGGUGUUUCAGACCACGGCUUCAAUGGGACCAGAGGACUUCAAACCCCACAGCUAUGGAUUCUCUUGGGCAUUUUACGUGGCAUGGUUGGCCUUCACCGUGAGUAUGUCCGCUGGAGUGUCCACUCUCAACAACUACACCAAGAAGUUCAUCAUGGUGGGGCCCCGGCACAUGUCCAGCCUCAACGCCUGCAGCUUUAAGUUUGUGGGACUGCCACCGCCUGCCCCGUAUUACUCCCCCCCAGCUGCGUGUCCGUCCUCUCCCCCGCACCUCUCUCCUCUGUCCCCGUACUACGAGCCUCCAGCCACCGCACCAUCCAUGUCCUCCGCCUUGAAGCCGUCUCCUCACCUCCACCACUCACUGUCGUUCCCCCCUCCCCCGUCUCAGUCCCCUCAUCACCGCCUGUCCUUACCCUCUCCUUUCCCCUGCCCCGCCACAGCCAUGCCCGUGUCUAUGUACUCGCCCCGUUUUCAACGUCAAGAUAUAUUCUCUGGCUAUGACGAAGAUGAUGACGACAGUCCUCUUUGA